AUGGCAAGGGUAAAACAAGUGGCUAUCAAACCUCGAAAAUUUAUGGGUGAUGCUAUGAAAGCUGUUGGCAGAUCCGAAAAGGAAAGAGAAGAAGAAACUGAAAUUGAGAACAGUGAUGAAGAAACAGAGACAGUGGCAGAACGAGCAAGAAAAAGAAAAGGAAAGGGCUGGAUGGAAUUUUCUGAGUUGAAUGAAUAUUAUUAUCCUUAUUUAAUUCAAGAAUUUUAUGGAAGUAUGAAAGAAGUUGUUAAAGGAGAAAGUUUUAGUGUGAAAGUUAAGAAGAAAAGUCAGAUUAUUGAUGUUGAUUUCUUAGCCUCUGUUUUGAACCUACCGAAUGAUGGAAAUAGGAUUGGAACCUUCAAAGAUACUAGGAAGCUUGAAGGAUAUGAUGAGAAGGCAUUUCAAUUGUCAAUUUUUCUAGAGGGUACACCCGAAAAUGAAAUGACCAAUAUUAGUUUAGUGCCUCAAAAUUUUAGGAUUCUGCAAUCCUUCAUUCGAUACUUGCUCAAUCCUAGAAGUGGUAGUCAUUCAUAUGCAAAUAGCCUUGAUUUAUGUAUCAUGUGGCACUUGAUCAACAAAAUCAGAUUCAAUUUGUCAUUUUUUAUUUUCAAAGUUAUUGCUAAGUCUAGUAAGCAUAGAAGGUUACCAUAUGCUAUGCCUUUGACUCUUGUAUUUCAAGCUAUGGGAGUUGAUCUGAGCAAAGAAAAGAAGUUUAGCAAUCCUAUCCCCAUUAAGGAGAUAUUCAAGGCUGAUGGUGGUAGGAAAAGGAGUAAGAAAGAAGAGAAAAAGCAAGAGGAAGAGACUGAGAUUGAGAUUGAAUCAGAAUCAGAAUCAAAUUCUGAAACAGAAUCAGACAUUCCGAUAAGCAAGUUAAAAGAGAAAAGUUCUAAAAUAGAUGAAGGGGAAAGCUCUAAAAAGAAAGAGAAAAUGAAGCUGAAAAUGUUAGACUUUGUGAAAAUAAGUAAAGCAAAUCUAGAAAUGAUGAAGGAAAUCAAGGAAAUGAGUGGUCUGAGCUUGAGCAUUUUAGAAAAAUCUCAUGAAUUGCAGAAAGGAAUUAUGGCUGAGCAAAAUGCCAAGAUGGAUAUGUUGAUUAAUAGAUUGGAUAGACAGGAAUGGUUCAUGAAGAAGAUGGCUCAAAUGUUGUUUGGUGAAUCUUUUGAGAAGUUUGGAGAUUUUGGAAGCUACCCACAUGGUACUGCUAGUCCUAGCAAUGUAAAAGCUGCUGGUUGA